CGGUACGCGUGAGGACACUGGGAUCGGAUCGUCCUGGCGUGAGGUGCCGAUGGGUCAAGAAGUACAUGCCUUGGUACAACAAGAAAGAAGAGAGGCACCACAACGCGUCUCGUUCCCCGCAUUACUGUACCUAAGUACACUCCGUUGAACUUUGGGGAACGCCAUCGAUGUGCGGAUGAAAUGCACGGGGAUCUAGGGAACAAGCUCGUUCAACACGCCAAACGCACACAAACCCUCCCAACCCUCCCACCGUACCAAACCGAACUAGUCCGCGCCGUGGUCCGCGAGAUUCGCGAUCUAGACCGCGAUGUGUCGCGUAUCCUCGAGCCGUUCAACGUCGUUGACGAAGAUGGCAGCAGUCAAAGCACGUUCAGCCCAGCCGAGCACCCGGCGACCGCGUGCGCGCUGCUAGUCGACCACUUGAGCAUGCGCCGGAAUAAGAGGUGUUUAUUGGCGUAUCAUAGAGUGAGAGCCGAGAAGUUAGAGGGUAUGGCGUGGGACGGACGCGAUAUGGACAUGGACAUGACCAUCGAGGACGAAGGUGUGGGUGCAAAUGCUAUCAAUGCAAAGGACGGCAACUCAAAUGCUGGAGGUGCGCAGAACUCGUGGAGUCCGGAAGAAGAGUCGUACUUUCGCAAGUACGUGGAUUUGCUGGCGCAGGUCAAGGGCCAGUGGACGGAUAUCGAUCUGACGGGCUCGUUGGAGCCACCGAAAGACCUGUUUAUUGAUGUGCGGGUGCUCAAGGACGCAGGGGAGAUACAGACUGAGUAUGGGGCUAUCAAUUUGACGAAGAACAGUCAAUUCUAUGUCAGGCAGGGUGAUGUGGAAAGGUUGAUACAGAUGGGUUUCUUACAACGACUAAGCUGAAGAGCA